ACCGGUAGUUUCCUAUGGCAGUCCCUCUGGAGCCCAAGUCAGACUUAAAACAGGAAGUCUUUGUAACACACACAGACCAAGACAAGAUGUCCUCUGUGCCUGGGCUCACAGUUGUCUGCAUCAUGAGAAACAAAAAUCUACUGUUGCCAGGACUUUUGAUGCUGCUGCUGUUGACACUGGGAGCUGUAGCCCAGUACAGUAGAGACAUCAACAUGUGUGAACGACCGUUGAGAAAGUCCUGUGCAGCCUACGCUGACUGCCGGAGCAUGGACGACAGGUACUGCAUGUGUGGCCCAAGACAGGAGCUCAUUUCUGAGACAGCAUUCAGGAAUGAGAGUGAGAACAUGUGUCAAGGGAUCUUGGUGCUGCUGCUGUUGACACUGGGGCCUGCACAGAAACUGAAAGUCUCUGCCCCCACAGACUGUGCCCAGUGGUGCCCUCCAAAAUCCACGUGUGUCAAUGCCACUGCCUGUCGCUGCUCCCCAGGAUUCAUUUCGUCAUCUGGGGUGAUCUUCACCAGCCUGUCAGAGAGUUGUGAUGACAUCAACGAGUGUGGUCCCAAAUCGACAGUGUCCUGUGGGAAAUUUGCAGACUGCCAGAACACAGAGGGGAGCUACUACUGCACAUGCAUUCCAGGUUACAAGCUUGCUUCGGGGCCAAGAACAUUCAGGAAUGAGAGUGAGAACACAUGUCAAGUUCAAAAUCCUGAGAGAAGACCAGAUGACCAGGACCCAGAAGGAUGUUGUGUGGAGUCUAAGCAGAAUAACACGGAGGCACCCCCAUAUACACGUGGAGAAUUGGGUGAUGAGAAGGGGCUCUCAUCUAGACCAGAUAGCAGUGGGAGAUAUGGGGGACAAGCAGGCAUCUUUUUCCCCACCUGGAACCCACCCCGUGGAAUCAAGAGCCGGAGACUCUCCCGCUUCUUUAAAAGAUUCGAAGAUCUGGGCAGAAAUUUCAUACCAGCCUUUGUCCAGGACACCAUCCAGGAUGUCGUACAGGGGGUGGAUGAGCUGCUGCAGACCCCUGAGGACCUGGAGGCCCUGCCCCGCUCAAAGCAACACUGUGUGGCCACGAACCUGCUCGCUGGCCUGGAGAAUGUGCUGAGAAACCUAAGCCAGGCCCUGCCCAAUGGGACAUUGACCUUCAAUGCAUCUGCAGGCACAGACCUGUCCCUGAAGGUGCGGGAGCAAGGAGAUAAAACUGUCAUCUUGAGACAGAAUCAGGUGAAGAUGAUGCUGAACUGGGAUGUGGUGCAUGAAUCUGAGGACUCAGGUCCUUCUGUGGUGGGCCUCGUCUCCACUCCAGGGAUGGGCAAGUUGCUGGCGGAGGCCCCCCUGGUCCUGGAGCCUGAGAAACAGGCAGUUCUGCAUGGGGCACACAAGGGCGUGUUGCCAGAAGUCUCCUCUGUCCUGCUCUCAGAUGUCAUCUCUGCCUUUAUGAGCAACAAGGACACCCAGAACCUCAGCUCCCCCAUCACCUUCAUCUUCUCUCACCAUUCAGUGACCCCUGGGCCAAUGCAAAAGGUGUUCUGCGUCUUCUGGGAGCACAGUCUGGAUGGAUAUGGUCAUUGGUCCACCACAGGAUGCAGGAUGGUGACCACUGAAGACACCAGCACCACCUGCCAGUGCACCCAUCUCAGCAGCUUUGCUGUCCUCAUGGCCCACUAUGAUGUGCAGGAGAAGGAUACCUGGCUGGCUGUGAUCACAUACCUGGGGCUGGGCCUCUCUCUGAUCUGCCUCCUCCUGGCAUCCCUCACCUUCCUGCUGUGCAAAACCAUCCAGAACACCAGCACCUCCCUCCACCUGCAGCUCUCAAUCUGCCUCCUCCUGGCCCACCUGCUCUUCCUCAUGGCCAUUGACCGGACUGAGAUCAAGGUGCUGUGUGCCAUCAUUGCAGGUGCCCUACACUAUCUCUACCUGGCCUCUUUCACCUGGAUGCUGCUGGAGGGUCUGAAUCUCUUCCUCACUGCACGCAACCUGACGGUGGUCAACUACUCCAGUGUGAGCAGUAUCAUGAAGAAGUUCAUGUUCCCUGUGGGCUAUGGAGUCCCAGCUAUAAUUGUGGCCAUUUCUGCUGCAUCUAGGCCUCACCUGUACGGAACACCCACCCGAUGCUGGCUCCACACAGACAAAGGAUUCAUAUGGACCUUCCUUGGCCCUGUCUGCACCAUCUUCUCUAUUAAUUUGGCUUUAUUUCUGAUGACCUUCUGGAUUGUGAAAAACAAGCUCUCCUCACUCAACAGCGACAUGUCCACGCUCCAGAACACAAGGAUGCUGACAUUUAAAGCCACAGCUCAGCUGCUCAUCUUGGGCUGCACGUGGUGUCUGGGCAUCCUUCAAGUGGGUCCAGCUGCCCAUGUCAUGGCUUACCUCUUCACUGUCAUCAACAGCCUGCAGGGCGUCUUCAUCUUCCUGGUGUACUGCAUCCUGAGCCAGCAGGUCCGGGAACAAUACAAGAACUGGUUCAAAGGGGUUGGAAAAACCAAAGCUGAGUCUGAGAAGUACACUCUCUCAAGUGGGACCAUGUCUGAUGACUCCAAACACAGUGUGGAGAAUUAUAAUGAACAGCUAAGGCUGACGAACUUGUCUCUUAGAAAAUGAAGAAAAUGCUGGCUGCCAUCCUUUGGGAAGAGUAUAAAAGAUGCUUUUUCAUGUUUAUCACAAAUAACUCUUCUUGGCACCACUUGUAAGAGAAAGUAAGCAGUAAACAUUUGAUAUUCAGUUGCUGGAGACUUUUAGUUUUCUGGUGCAUACAACAUGUUCAUCUCACUCCCAGUAUAAUUAGGAGCUAUGACCCAAUAUCCCAGUAGAAACCUCUUCUACAAACGUUCUUCCUCAGGUUAAUGAUAUAUAACAAGGAAAAACAGCCUCAAAGGACUUUCCUGAAAUGACAUAAGAGGGAAAACUAAUAUUCACAUGCCUGCAUGUAAUAUAAACAACUAGUCCCAGUUGCUCAAGACUUUCCUGGUUUUAGUACCGGAAAUAUUAUAUCCCAGGAAACACUUUGGUCACAGGCAAAGUAGAUCAGUUGGUCCCCAUACAUACAUACAUGCCUCAACUUCUUCACUCUCCAUUUCUAAAGACUUACUAAUUUAUUCAUUCCAAAAAUAUGUGCUGGGAAUAGAUCAAGGAGAUCCAAUUCCUGAUUUCACAGAAUUUAAAUGUGGGAAGGGAAGGUUUCAUCAGAAUAAAAUCAGAGCUAGGGGACUAGAGUCUCUGCGUCUUUAUAUUUAUAAGUUGAGUUGUGGGAAAAGGUGUAUAUGGCUACUGCACAUUUUGUGAGAUGUAUUUAUAGAUAACAUAUUAUUUCACUCUCAUCAUGCAGUCUAAGCCAAAUCUAAAUCCAGAGAAGUUACACCUACAAGAAACUUCCCGAGGGCUCCCUCUGACCAAUUCUGUAUCAAUUUGAACAUCAAAGAAAAUGACUGUACAUGAUCAUGUUUUAAAUAACUUAACCAUGAGUCCAUAGUGAUACUUUAAAAGACCAUCAAAUAUAUGCAGAAAAUACAACAGAAUUAGAAGAGCAUGAUUCUUUCAAUAUCCAAUAAGUGGCCACUGAAAACAUUGAGUGAAAGUCUUUGGAGAACAGGGUGGGACCACAGAUUCAAAGAAUCACCUCACAGACUACCAAUUAUUUACAAGGGACAAAGUGUACAUUGGCAACAUGGAGAUCUGACAGCCACCAUCGGAAACUAAUGAUGAAGCUUAAUAUCAUCAGUGGUGGGCAAACUGACUUUAUGUAUCUCCUGAUAUGUCAUGAGGUUACAACAUCCCAUUUUUUGUAAAAAAGAAUUAUUAGCAAAUCACUCUAAUUGAAAUCUAAUCCAAACUUUAGGCUGUGAAUUGGCAAAGUAUAACAUUCCAGCCAAAUGCAGGGAGAUGCCUGUUUUUGUUAAUAAACUUUUAUUGGGACACAGCCAUACACAUUCAUUGUCUAGGCUGCUUUCAUGCUACAAUGUCAGAGUUGAGUUGUGACAGAGGCUGUAAGGAUACAAAGCUAAAAAUAUUUGCUACCUGGCCCUUUAUAGAAGAAGCUUGCUGGUCUCUGUAAUUUUAGACUUAACUUUCAAUAUAUACAAAAUACAGAAGACAAAACAAUUUAAAUGACAUCAUGAAGAAACCGUCAGGCAAAUCCUGAAUGCAGGCAUUCAACAAGACAAUUGGCCUGGCCCCUUCUAAAAUCAAUACCAUUUUUACAAGUGACUAAAGGCUGCUCUACAUUAAAAGAAAUGAAGGCCUGGUGGUGGGUAUCAAGGAGGGCACAUAUUGCAUGGAGCACUGGGUAUGGUACAUAAACAAUGAAUCUUAAAACAUUGAAAAAAUAAAAUUAAAUAAUAAAAUUAAAUAAAUAUAUAAAUAUAUUUCAUUACUUAAAAAAAGAAAUGGAAGUGACAUUACAAACAAACUCAUUGUCAAUUUUAGUGGAGUUCUGGUUCAGAAAAACAGCUAUCCAUGACAUUUUGGAGGCAAUUAGGAUAAUUUGAAUAUGUAUCAAACAUUGAAAGUUAUUAUGAAAUUUUUAUUAAUUUUCUUGGGUAUAGUAAUAGUAUUGUGGUUAUAUAGAGAACAUUCCUUGAAUUCUCAAAUAUUUGUUGAAGGAGGAUUGAAGAAUGAAGUGUCAUGAUGUCUACCACUGAGUAUCAUAUGUUUUAGCAAGAAAAUGUAUCCAUGUGUGGAAAUAAAUUGAGAAAAGUGUUAUAAUGU